AUGGGGCGACGGCGGAGCGGGGAGAUCGAUAAAAGGGUCGGGAAAGCCGAUUUUGCGCAUCUGCCUCGUGGCUGCCUUUCCAUCCACUCAGACCGUCGCCGAGCCACAAAGACGUCACAUUACAUAACACGCCGCUUCAUCAUGAAGAUUUACUUGAUCGGGUCAGGCCUGUGCGUGGCCACGGUGGCCGCUUGCAUGGACGCGACCGGCCGCGAGUGCGGAGAUCUAGGGCCGCCGCCGUCUAUACUGGACAUGCCGCCGCCUCCGAUGCCGUCGUUUUUAGCCGCCGUCUUGAACGAUCAGUCGGGCAGCAACGAAUCGAACUCGCCGAACAAAGAGAUGUUGAUGGAAACCAAUGAACUGGAACCUGGCAAACCCUGCAAAGCCAUGUGCGAUACCGAUCAAGGGGUGGGAUUUGUCGAGUUACCACAACAAGGACCUAUUAUCGAGACGUAUUCCUGGUGGAUGCUGCUGUCUACGUGCUUGCUCGGAGUGAUGCUGAUCGGAACAGUCAUACUUGUGGUAGUCGUCCGGCUGAGAGAUAAGAAACGUUGGAGCAAAUCGGACUUCAGCCCGGAGCCGAAGAAGAGCCCGCCGCUGUACGACACGAUCGACAUAUCGCCGAAGACGUUUUGGGCCACGCUGUCGCCCACGGGCAACAUCGACACGACCGCGGCCACUACCCGGCGACCCGUGCACCACCAUCCGCAGACGAUCGCCAACCCGAACUUCGAGAACGGCGCCUACUAUCCGUACGAGCAGCAACACGAGUACCAGCAGAUCACCACCAUCCGCCGCGCCAUGCCCGAGUACCAGACCAUCAGACCACACGUGUCGUCGCCCACGCGCAUCGAGCAUCCCAACAUGCCGCCGCUGAACCUGUACAGAUCGAUUCGCCGGAUUUCGGAUCUGGAAUCGCCGUGA